GGCGGCGCGGCGCCGCUUCCUAGGUGCGGAGGAGGGGGCCGGGGAGGGGGGCGCCGUCUCCUCGGGACCGGCUCCCGGUGCCGCCGCCGCCUGCCCUGGGGGCCGGGGGCCGGGCUCCUGCCGCCCCCACAGCUCCGCAGCAAGGAGCAACGGUGGCACCGCAUCUGGUGGUGGCAAUAUGCUCGCGUCCCGCUUUGUUGGCCCCCCACCAAAGCCAUGCAGAAGGAUUCAUUCCAGUAACUUGCGGUGACAGUGAGGUUUGGACGGACCUUUGACAGGAUGUUGGGAUUUCUGAAGAACCCGGUUGUGGUUACUGCGGAGAUAAAUGUGAACCUCGUGGCACUGACUGUGAUGGGGUUAAUAAGCCGGCUUUGGGGGCUUUCCUAUCCCCGUGCUGUGGUUUUUGAUGAAGUUUAUUAUGGCCAAUUCGUUUCCCUCUACAUGAAGAGAAUCUUCUUCGUCGAUGACAGCGGCCCACCUUUUGGCCAUAUGCUGCUAGCUUUGGGAGGUUACUUAGGAGGAUUUGAUGGAAACUUCUUAUGGAACAGGAUUGGAGCUGAAUAUAGCAUGAACGUUCCUGUUUGGUCCCUGCGACUCUUGCCGGCUCUGGCUGGUGCUCUCUGUAUCCCUUUAGCAUACCAGAUCUUGGUAGAACUGCAGUUCUCCCACUGUGCCGCGCUUGGAGGCGCUCUUCUGAUUCUCCUAGAGAACUCUUUGAUCACUCAGUCAAGGUUCAUGCUCCUGGAAUCCAUAUUGAUUUUUUUUAUCCUACUUGCAAUUUUGUCCUACCUGAAGUUCUACAAUUUGCAAAGGCACAGUUCCUUCUCUGCAAGUUGGUGGGUUUGGCUUCUGUUGACUGGAGUGGCUUGUUCUUGUGCAGUUGGAGUGAAAUAUAUGGGCCUGUUUACCUAUACGCUGCUCUUGGCCAUCGCAGGACUCCACUUCUGGCACAUGUUAGGAAACCAGAACUUGUCAAAUGUUUCCUUACUGUGCCAUUUUCUAGCUAGGGGACUGGCCCUCAUCAUCAUCCCCGUGGCAAUGUACCUGUCCUUCUUCUAUGUUCACUUGACUUUGCUGUAUCGCUCUGGGCCUCAUGACCAGAUUAUGACAAGUGCUUUCCAAGCCAGCUUAGAGGGUGGGCUGGCUCGAAUCACUCAGGGUCAGCCCUUAGAGGUGGCCUAUGGCUCUCAGAUCACUCUGCGGAACGUGUUGGGCAAGCCCAUGCAGUGUUGGCUCCAUUCUCACACGAAUACUUACCCCAUCAGGUAUGAGAAUGGCCGAGGCAGUUCCCAUCAGCAGCAGGUGACCUGCUAUCCCUUCAAGGAUGUGAACAACUGGUGGAUUGUCAAAGAUCCUGGAAUGCAGCAGCUGGUGGUGAGUAACCCACCCCGUCCUGUCCGGCACGGACACAUCGUGCAGCUGGUCCACGGCAUCACGACUCGGUACCUCAACACGCAUGAUGUUGCUGCCCCUCUUAGCCCUCACUCCCAAGAAGUUUCCUGCUAUAUUGAUUAUAACGUCUCCAUGCCAGCACAGAACCUCUGGAGAGUGGAGAUUGUAAAUCGGGAGUCUGACACAGAUGUGUGGAAGACAAUUCUGUCAGAAGUGAGGUUUGUUCAUGUGAACACCUCUGCAGUGCUAAAGCUCAGUGGAGCAUCUUUACCUGAGUGGGGAUACCGGCAGCUAGAGGUGGUUGGAGAGAAGCUGUCCAAAGGCUACCACCAGAGCAUGGUGUGGAAUGUGGAAGAGCACAGAUAUGGGAAAAGCCAAGAGCAAAAAGAGAGGGAAGUGGAACUCCAUUCUCCCACACAGAUGGACAUAAGUAAAAACCUCAGCUUCAUGGCAAAGUUCACAGAAUUACAGUGGAAGAUACUCACACUGAAAAAUGAAGACACGGAACAUAAGUACAGCUCCUCUGCUCUUGACUGGAUCACAAUGGAUACAAAUAUUGCCUACUGGCUACACCCGACCUCUGGUGCCCAGAUCCAUCUCCUUGGGAAUGCUCUCACCUGGGCUUCAGCUAACGUCGCUGCUGUGAUCUAUGUGUGUCUGUCCCUGUGGUACUUGGUACGACGAAGGAGAAAAAUUUAUGACAUUCCUGAAGAUGCAUGGCAGCUGUGGGUAUCAGCUGGGGAGAUCUGUGUUGGAGGCUGGGCUGUGAAUUACCUGCCCUUCUUCCUGAUGGAGAAGACACUUUUCCUGUACCACUACUUGCCUGCCCUCGCCUUCCAGAUUCUCCUGAUUCCCAUUGUAUUACAGCAUCUCAGUGAUUAUCUCUGCAGAUCACUGCUUUCUAAGACCAUGUUCAGAGCACUGAUCGUAGCCUGGUUCUCGUCAGUGUACCUCGUCUACUGCACAUUCAGCCCUGUGACCUACGGGGAGCCCUCCCUGUCUGUUGCUGAACUCAAGGACUUGCGCUGGAAGGACAGCUGGAACAUCCUUAUCCGAAAACAGUAACACUGAUGGUCUUGUUACAGGCAAAAGGAAAGCACAGCUUUUAUGCAAAGCCAAGAAUUUGUUGUUCGUAUUGCAGGUUUUUUUUAAAGGCUGGUCAAAUAAUUGCUAGUAAUCUGCAUCUAAUUAGAAAAAAAAAUCUUUUAUUAAAGAAUACUAUUACAGAUAGUAGCUCUCCCUUCCCCCCAUCCCUCUGUGUCUGAAGGGUGUGGAUUUCAACCAACAGCAAGUUAUCACUAUCCCAGAUCCUUUGCUGAGAAAAGUGCAUUGUAAGGGGUUUUCCUCUUUUCUGGGAGUAUGGUGAUGGUUUCUUGCUCUGGUUUCUUGGGGCCAUUUUGUAUGUUUCCCACCACCAAUACACUUUGGUCUGCAAUUCGUUGUUGCAACAGAAGUCCCUAUAACCAGCCACUCCUCAUCACGUUGGGUACUUUUCUGUUCUCUUUGUUACUCCUGGGUUUUGCCAGCUCCGAAGUUCACAUUUUUAACUAUCAGUAAUAAGUAAGUGCUACAUUCUUCAGCAUCGUACCAUGCCUGUAUUCUUCUACUGCAUAUUCUGUGCCCCCGCUUUCAGUGCCUUUGCUCUCAGCUGCAUCAUGAUACAUUUCUCUAAACUAAGAACUAAGGUAAGAUUAUAAAUAGGUUGUUUUGCAGAGAACGUGUUAACUUUCUCUAUGUAUAAUCAUGCAGCAUAACCAUCAUUUUUAUACUGUUAAGCAGAAGUAAGAUAAAUUGGGCAUUAGAAAAUUGCUGUUAAAGCUAAACAAGCUAAAGCAAGGUUCCAGGGCAAGCCACGAAGUCAGACAAAGCCAAAUAUAUCCAGAGGCCUUGCAGCCCUUUUAUUAUCACCUAUGGCCUGCUAUUAGCAGCAGCAGCAGCAGCGUAUUUGUUCUGAGGUACAGGGUUACACCUCAGAUCUCACUGGGAGAAGAACUCUGAGCAAGGUAAACUAAUCAUGCAGGAAACCUGCUCUAACGUGUGCACGUGUUCAGGGUAAAACGAUGCAAGUAACUCAGCCCACGCCCUAACUUGCAGCAGCAGGGGAAUUCAUAAAGUAGCAGAAAGUGCAAAUUAAGGACUGUGGGGUGGCUUUUCAUGAUGUGGGGGGCAUGUAAUAGCAUGUACCUGUACAUGCAUUCACUGAGAGACACAGUACUGUUGCCACAGUUGUGGGGUUUGGUGUUUUUUUUUUUUUUUUUUUUGGCUGCAGCAGCAGGCUCUUGCACUCACGAUCAAAGCUGACCAAGAACAUCAGUCCUAGACAGACCAGGGUGCUUUUUACCGUAGAGUUCCUUACUGCCCUCUUACUGCCCUAACAGAUGCUGUUCAAGGCUGCCUUGAUCUUCUCCCCGUGAAGAAGUUACGAUCAAACACCUGUCAUUUGCAGAUUUAGUGCCUACUUACAGCUGCACUAAUAGCUAGUGCUUCAGUGCAGCACCUCAUGCUCUAACUGUCACUCUGACCUAAAGAGCAUCCAGUAGCCAUUAGGAAAUAGCCAUCUCUUGAGCAUUCAAUUUUUGUACUGCUGAAGUGUGGUGCUCACUAGAUAACCAACCUUUACUGACAUCCAGCGUUGACAACACCAGGACAUGCUGACUGCAGUUCUUGGUUUUUUUCCUCCAAAGCUUCAGCCAAUACAGAACUAUAAUAAUUGAGUCAAUGUGAGAAAGAACUGUUGAGUGUAAUAGCAUCUCCAGAGGUGUUCCUUUUUGUACAUUGCUGCUGGUGGAAUAGAUGUAGCACAGUAACACUUUUUAUAUAAAAUGGUCAUUUCUGUUCA